AUGGCGACAGCGGGAGAUGCGUCAGGCGGGCAAACGUUAGUGAGUGCCGGCCGGAGCGGCGCCACCGGCACCACCGCCGGUCCGGACGUGACGGAAACCGGCAAGUCUGCCGGCCGGGAGCGGACGGUGCGGCUGACGUCACGCGGGAUCCUGUGGACGGACGACGAGGUGGAGCGCGUGCUGACGGACGCGCGGAAGCGCAUCGGGCCGCGCCACGUGGACAUGAUGACGUGGCGGCGCGCGAUUCACGCGUAUCCUGAGCUGGCGUUCGAGGAGGAGCGGACGGCGGAGAUGGUGGCGGGAUUGCUGGCGGAGUGGGGGUAUGACGUGGACAGAAGCCUUGGGAGUACCGGCGUGGUGGGGACGCUUACAGUGGGGGAUGGGGGAAGCGCCGAGGGCGGAGAGGCGGAGGAGCUUCCGCCAGCCAUUAUGCUGAGGUGUGCUAUAGCGAGGGUGAAAUGUAGUGUAGGCGGUGUGAGGGGUAUGGUGUGGGUGGCUGGUGGUAGGAUGCUGGCGGACAUGGAUGCGCUCCCCAUGGAGGAGGGCAACGCGUUUGAGCACCGCUCGCAGCGCCGCAGCACCAUGCACGCAUGCGGGCAUGACGGCCACACGGCCAUGCUGCUGGGGGCAGCGAGAUAUCUAGCCGAGCACCGCCCGUUCCGUGGUAAAAUCCACGUGGUGUUUCAGCCGGCGGAGGAGGGCACUCCCACGCACAACCCGUACGGGCGGGAGGGCGGGGGCGCACUCGCCAUGCUGGAGGAUGGGCUGCUGGAGAAGUACCCCGUGCGGGCCGCCUUCGGCAUGCACAACUGGCCAGGGUUACCAGUGGGACGAUUUGCCGUGCAUUCAGGACCGGUGAUGGCAGGAGUAGAGAACUUCCACAUCACGGUGGGGGGCACGGGUUGCCAUGCUGCCAUGCCUCAUCUAGGAGGGGGCAGUGACCCCGUGCUCGCUGCUGCUAACCUCGUCACCAACCUGCAGGCGUUGGUGAGUCGGGUGGUGGAGCCACACGACAGUGCCGUGGUGAGCGUGACGCAGAUACACGCAGGGGACGCCUUCAACGUCAUUCCUCCCUCCGCGGAGGUGAAGGGCACGCUGAGGACGUACCGGGGGGAGACGAGGGAGGCGAUGAUGCGAGGGAUAGAGCGCAUGGCACAUGGGGUCACUGCUGCUCAUGGCUGCACGGCCACGGUGCGGUUCUGCGAUCACUUCCCCGCCACCGUCAACACGCCCAGGGAGGCACAGGAGGCGGCAGCAGCUGCACGGGCAGUGGUGGGGGCAGCACUGGUGGAUCUGGACUCGCGCGCUCCCUCCAUGGGUGCUGAGGACUUUGGAUACAUUCUGGAAAGAGUGCCUGCUCUGGUGCACCUGGACUCGCGUGCGCCCUCCAUGGGUGCUGAGGACUUUGGAUACAUUCUGGAGCGAGUGGCGGGUGAGGAGAGUGGGGGGGGGUUGAAAAGGCUGUUACCUCUGGAUUGGCAACGGCCCCACGGAAGGAGGCUGCAUGCUGCACAACCCCUUGUGAGUGGCCACGGUUCACUACGCACAUUGUCGCACCCGCUCGUUCCCGCCCCUCUCCCCACGUCUCCUUCCCUCUUCGCGCCUCUCAUCUCAUUCUACCAUGCCUUUCCCUCUCCGCCUCCCCCCAUCGCCCCCGUUGCAGCGCCAUUCCACUCCGCCGCGCUCCCAGUUGCAGCAGCAGCCGCCGCGGAGCAAAAUGCGGGCGGCGGUGGCGGGGGAACGGGGGGAGGCGGAGCGGAAGGGGGAGGCGGAGGGGAGGGGCGGAAGGAGGAGGACGGGGAGUGGCGGCAGUGGAUCCAGCAGGCGCUAUCCAAGGACGGGGAGGGGGGAGGCAAGGAGGGGCGUGAGCAGCAGGCACGCGCAGCAGUAGGUGGGUGGUCCAUCGCACAGCACCUCCCCUCUGCCUCUGAUUUCGAUGAGUUAGAAGCGUUGAUAGGGCCCGAUGAGGAGGAAGAGGAGGAGGAGAGGAACGGAGGGAGGAGAGGAGGGGAAGAGAGCAGGGGAGGGAUGAGAGUGGGAGGGGAGAGAGGGGAGAGAGGGGAGGGAGGGAGAGGGGAGGUGAAGGAGGAAGUGGAAGGGAGUUAUGGGAGAGGGGGGCGCGCAGGGGGAUACGGUGGGCGGAGUGGAGGGGGGAGGAGCUGGGGAGAGGGGGAGGAGUGGGGGGGACGGGCAGGAGGAGGCGGGGAAGGGGCAAGGGGGAGGUAUGGGGGAGGGGGGGAUGGGGGAGGGGGUGCCGGAGGGGUGGGCAGCUGGGGGGGCGGGGGUGGGGGGAUGGGCGGGGGGAUGGGCGGGGGCCCAUGGCAGGGGGUGGCGGAGGUGGAGGCGGAGAUGGUGCUAUCAGACAGGGCGAUGAGAGCAGUGAGAGAGGUGGACCUGGAGGAGAGCGAGGAGAAGUUCCAAUUCCGCCCUGAUCGCACCUACUACCCUGGACAGACCUACUCCGCUGAGGAGUUGGACAUAUCCCAGCCCCUCCCUGACGGCCCGGGGGAAACGAGGCGCAAGCUGCCCACUCCCACCACCAAGGAGGCCCUACGCGCUGCUGACUUCCGCAACGUGCGCUUCCUCUCACAAUUCCUCUCUGAAACCGGCAAGAUCAAACCCAGAAACAAGACUCGGUUAUCUGCCAAGGCGCAGCGCCGCGUGGCUCGGGAGAUCCGAACCGCGCGGGUGUUUGGGCUCAUGCCGUUCACGCAGGCAGGCCGGCCACCGUUUAGGUUCGGCAAGGACCCGAACCUGGAGUCAGGGGAGCCGGAGCAGGAGGAGCUUGAGCUGGCAGGUGCUGUGGAGGAUGUGAAGGAGCUCAAGGCCAUGGCCGGGAGAUAG